CCUCUCCCCCUCUCCUCUUCAUAACCUCCUACACUUUCCGCCAUGGCCAGACGUUACGAUAGCCGAACGACCAUCUUCUCGCCUGAGGGCCGAUUGUAUCAAAUCGAGUAUGCCAUGGAGGCGAUCUCGCACGCCGGUAUCGUCAUCGGCGUGCUCUCGAAGGACGGCGUCGUUCUCGCAGCGGAGAAGAAAGUCACGGGAAAGCUGCUCGACAUGUCCGGCGCGACGGGCGGAAGCUACGGCGGUAGUGGCGAGAAGAUCUUCCUCCUCAACUCAAAUGUCAUAUCAGGAGUGGCGGGAAUCACGGCGGACGCGAACUCGCUCGUGAACUACGCACGACAAGCGGCACAGAGGCACCUGUUCAGCUACAAUGAAGACAUCCCCGUAGAACUUCUUGCGCAGCGGCUAUGCGAUCUCAAGCAGGGCUACACACAAUACGGAGGUCUCCGGCCAUUCGGCGUCUCGUUGCUGUACGCCGGGUAUGACCCACAUUACCAGUUCCAGUUGUACCACUCCGACCCGUCCGGCAACUACUCCGGGUGGAAGGCGACGUGCAUUGGCGCGAACAACGGCACGGCGACGUCGCUGCUCAAGCAGGAUUACAAAGAGGACAUCUCGGUCGAGGACGCGAUCGAGCUCGUGCUUAAGGUUAUGAGCAAGACGAUGGACAGUACGACGCUCGGCAGCGAGAAACUGGAGUUUGCGACCCUCACGCUCGAUGCGAGCAAGCAGCCAAAGGCGAAGAUAUACAACCCCGCGGAAAUUGAUGCACUCCUGCAGAAGCACGGGCUCGGGAAGAAGGAAGAGGGGGAUGCAGCAGCGCCGGCACCGGGCGACCUCACUUUGUAGGAUUUGGCGGUUUGGCGGCGUCGGACUUCAACUGGCUUUCUAGUGUAUACAAUGCAACCACGACUUUUCGCUUUGUCCCCUCGCCAGAUAGUUUGGUGAAUAUGUACUGCAGUUUGGUGCUUUUUUCUGCGCUCGCCGCCUGAUUUAACGUGAAUGCUGUCACCCUGAGUGCCGGUCAGGGACCGCGAGCGCUUUCACACCACGAUCGUAAGGUUGCCCGACCGAAGUAC